AUGUGGAUUGGAAUUGGAAGAACUAAACACUCACGUUUGGUCACCAAUUCAUCAUGCAAGCAUUACUCAGGAUCGCUGCUUUCCCAUGCGUUGUCUAGAAUGAAAACGGAGGAGUGCCGUCUGAUGGCUCAAGAUCUUGUUUGCAAUAUUGAUCAGUUGACACCUGAUUCACUUCCGAAUAGAUGUCCGAGAUUUGAUGAGAAUUUACAAGGCCUUUAUAUAGGCUGUUUUAGAGAUUCAUCGAGUUCUCGACUGCUCAAUGGGUAUUUAUAUAAAUUUAACAACAACAAUUCACCUUCACAUUGUGUGAAUAUGUGUCUUCUAGCAGGCUACAGUUUUGCUGGUGUUGAAUAUCGCGAAGAAUGCUUCUGUGACACUGAGUUGACAAGUGCAUUUGCACUCUCAACAAAUUCAUGCGAGCAGUACCGCUGUCCCAAUAGUGAAAAUUUUUGUGGUGGUUACAAUGCAAUUGCUGUUUAUCGCACCGGUAUAAUUGACAAGCCUUUGUUGAUCGUAAAUUUUACUGAACCACUGGAAAGUGUGGCAGAUGUACGAAUCUUAUUUCUUUUACAAUUAAAUGGGAGAAAUGUUCGACAGAUAUAUCGUCUUCUUCGUAUUAUUUAUUCACCAAAGCAUUAUUAUGUGAUACAUGUUGACAAACGUCAAGCAUAUAUGUUUGAAGAAAUGAAACGAGUCAUGUCUAGAAUUCACAAUUCUGGUUUCGACAAUUUUUUUGUAAUGGAAAGGCGUUAUGCAACUAUUUGGGCAGGGACAGCUUUAUUAUCUAUGGUCUUAGAUGUUCUUACAACGGUUUUGCAUUCACUGAAAUGGACGAACUGGGAUUUCAUGAUGAAUUUAAGCGAAAGCGAUUUUCCAUUGCUUUCAAUGAGGGAAUUAGAAUAUCAUCUAGCAAGAAAUAAGGAACGGAUUUUCCUAAGUCAUCAUGGAUAUAAUACGGCACGGUUUAUCCAAAAACAAGGACUGGAAUAUAUGUUUAUGCAAUGUGAGGAUCGCAUGUGGCGUUUAAUGAAGCGAUCUAGAUUCCCCAAAUUUAUUCGUCUGGAUGGUGGAUCUGAUUGGGUCGUUAUUAGCCAAGAUUUUGCCAGAUAUGCUUUGUCCGAUGAUGAAUUGCCUCGGACUUUCCGGCAACUUUUUAAGAAUGUUUUAUUACCUGUGGAAAGUUUCUUUCAUACUUUAGCAGCUAAUUCAGAAUAUUGCAUGCAAACUGUGAAAGGAAAUUUGCAUCUGACAAAUUGGAAACGCCAACAAGGUUGUCGUUGUGCAGCAUUGAAAAAAAUUGUGGAUUGGUGUGGAUGCUCUCCUCUCGUUUUACGAUCUUCUGAUAUACCAAAGUUUUCGGUGGAGAGUGCUCAGCGUAAAGCCGUUUUCUUUGGUCGCAAAUUUGACCCAAUGUUAAGUCAACGAACUAUUGCUAUUGCUGAAGCACAAGCAUUACGGUUUGAUAAAAAUCUCAGUGCUACAUUACUAGAAGGCUUUGCUCGUUCACUGUUACCUUAUGGAUUGAACCAGAGUUGUACAUUUAAAAAUCUUUCAUCAGUUACUGCUUACAAAGAAAGCGAUGAAGCGCCCGUCCAGAGUAUAUACAAUAUAUCAUGCAAUGGCAACGGAAAUAAAACACAAUUUAUUCAGAUUUUAUUAGAAUCAAUCAAUCCAAUAAAACUUGGAGAAAACAUUGUAAAUGGUUACGAGUUGGUAAAUCUCGAAAUUGGUUCUGAUUUGGAUUUGAAGGAAGAAAUCUUUCGAAAUUAUCAUAAUGUUUUAUCAGAGGAUGAUACGAUUUACGCAAAGUUACAGUGGAGAAGAAAAGCUUCUUUGUCGACAUCUGUUCAUCGGAAUUUCACUAGUCCUCAAAUUAUCGUAAAAUGGAUGAAACCAUCGAAUGUAAUUGUGAAGCAAACAACUGUGCUUUCAUAUAAUUCAAUAUUUGGUAAUCAGUACGCCGAAUUAUUUUCAAACGAAACAUCUCCAGGAGAGUGGAUUGCUGAGUUUGUUACUGUAGAGGACAGUGUUGUUACGACCAUUGCUUCUAUAAAGUUCGUAAUAUUUUCUACUGCUAAUGUGUAUAUUAAUGAUGAGACUGUGCACAAAUACUUUCGUCGCAUCGAUUUCUGUUGGGAAACUAAAAAUGAUCGUUUAUUAAGCUGUCGAGAAACAUCUUGGAGUGCAACUUCUUCUGACCCCAAAUCUCAUUUUUUCUGA